AUGGGAGUUUGCUGCACACAUCCACUUCAAAAAAUGGAGAACCCUAUUACUCCUGAACUUAUUAAAGAAGAUAUUAAGUAUGACCAAUUCGCUCUUAAAAUUUAAAAGCAUUAUAAAGGAUACAAAGCUAGAAAAUUAUAUCAUAAAAUGAGGAUUAAAACGGAAGAAUCACCUGUUGUUCAUUAUCCAAAACCAGAGAUUGCAUAAAAACUAAGUCAAACUCCUACUGAUUAUGCUUUAACUGUUUAAAAAGCCUUAUAUAAACUUGGUCCAUUUCGUUAUAAUGAUUAUAUUAAUUCAGAUGAUCCACAAAAAAGAUCUACUAAUUUCUAAUUUUCAGAAGAAGACAAAAAACUACCAUUUUUAGAACCACAUAGACUAAUUGAUGGUGCUAUUUAUAUAGGUUAAUGGAAAAAUGGAACUAAAUGGGGAAAAGGAAAAUAAAUUUGGCCAGAUGGUUCAGUUUAUGAAGGAUUCUGGUAAAAUAAUAAAGCAUGUGGUAUUGGCAGAUUAAUACAUUAAAAUGGAGAUGUUUAUAUUGGAGAUUGGUUAGAUGAUAAAUGUCAUGGUUUCGGUGUUUAUACACAUUAUGAUGGUACUAUCUAUAAGGGUAAUUGGGUGGAGGAUAAACAAGAGGGAGAUGGUGUUGAGGAAUAUCCAGAUGGUACAAUAUAUAAAGGUCAAUUUCUAAAUUCAAUGAAGCAUGGAUAUGGAGAAUGUUUUUAUUCCAAUAAAAAUUAGUAUUUAUUAAUUAUUGAUAUUUAGUUACAAAGGAGAAUUUUAGUAUAAUUUUAUACAUGGCUAAGGUAAAUUCGUUUGGAGUGAUGGAAAAGAAUAUGAAGGUUCUUGGGAAAACAAUUAAAUGCAUGGGUAUGGAGAAUUUAGAUGGCCAGAUGGUAGAUCAUAUAAAGGAGAUUAUAAACAUGAUUUAAAAGAUGGAGAGGGAGAAUUCAUUAUUGAUGAAAACACUAGAUAUAAGGGUAGUUGGAAGAAUGGAAAAUAACAUGGAGAUGGAGUUCUUGUUAUUAAAGAAAUUUCAAGACCAGGGAUUUGGUGUGAAGGAAUUCGUAUCUAAUGGAAGGAUAAAUUUUGA